CCGGAUCGGGGAGCCAUUACCUUUUUUCCCAAAUUGAGUGUCAUGUUCACAAACUGAGGUUUCAACGAAUUUUCCACUGAUCCCACUGAUCGAAACAGCAAUACAGCGUAAUUUCUUGAUAACCUCCUUCAUUACAUUCCACUCUAUAUAUACUGAACUAAACAAUCUAAUUCUAUGCACAACAUUGAAAAGCAAGAUAGAGAGAGAGAAAAUGGGGGAUCAUGCUAUCACAGUAGUAGAUUCAAGUAGUAGUAGUAGUAGCGAGGAAGAAGAUGAAGUGAUGAAUUACGAAGAAACUGUGGAAGCUAUGCGAAGUGCUCUAGACAAGCACAGCAACGAAAUUCAAACGAGUAGUAGAAGCUCAUCAUCAGUGUGCAUAUAUAAAGUUCCUGCCAGCCUCGCUGGAAUCCGUCCACAAGCCAUUGAACCUGAAAUGAUCUCCAUUGGACCUUACCACCGCAGCAAGGACGGGUUAAUGGAACUUGAAUCCUACAAAUGGCGGUUCCUUGCUUCAAUCCUUUCCCGAGAAAGGUAUAAAAGAGGGCGUGAUCUGCUCGUAGAGUACUACAAAGCCAUGAGAAAGUUGGAGGAGCGUACGAGAAGCUGCUACUCCGAGUUGAUGCCUGUGUCAAGCCCUGACUUUGUUCAAAUGAUGGUGCUUGAUGGUUGCUUUAUCAUCGAGCUUUUUCGACAGAGGAAUACAGAUGAAGAGGACACCAUUUUAAAAAGGCCGUUUUUUAUUCAAAUUUUAACUAGGGACCUUCUGAAGCUUCAAAACCAACUCCCUUUCUUCGUCCUUGAAAAACUAUUUGAGAUUUCCGACUUUGGAACUCAACAUUCUCUAUCCUUGCUUGCGCUUGAGUUCUUCAAUCAUUCGUUGCCUAGGCCUAGCGAAGUCCUCAAGAGGACGAGUGAGCUUACUGGGGGGGCCAACCACUUGCUCGACUUGUUUCGCUUAAGCUUCCUUCCUCCCGCACCGCACGAUCCUCCAAGGAACAAUCCUCCUCCCUCGAAGUCAAUAUUCCAACGAAAGGCAAAUGCUCUACUGCAGAUAUUGAUUUGCCUGUGUAUGCUAGCAACUUCGAUUGUAGUCGAUGAUGAUCGUCACUCUAACCUAAAGUACCGCCCAACUGAGAAAUCAAUCCAAUGUACCACACAACUAAGACUCUCUUGGGUAAAAUUUAGGCCGCGCAAAAAUGCGGAGAGCUUCUUAGACGUUGGUUACCAGAAAAGGGUACUUCGCAUCCCACCUAUAACCAUCAAUGAGCUCACCAUUGCUAUCUUUAUCAAUUGUAUGGCCUUUGAACUCUGUCACCCACACACAGCUCCGCUCUUCACCGCUUAUAUUGCCUUCAUGCGCUGUCUCAUCAAUUCGAAUAGGGACGUCCAAGUUCUUUGUGCUGAAGGGAUUAUCGCCAGCUUCUCACAGAACGAUCACAACGUAACUGAGCUGUUCACAAACUUGGGGGAAAAAGUUGUGCUCGACAUAGGAGAUUGCUACCUCUCCGAGCAAUUCAGAGAUGUGGAGGCCUAUUACAGCAGCUGUAGGGGUACCUUCCUGCGAACUUGUUUUGGCGAGCCAUGGUCGAUCGCCUCAUUUGUCUAUGCCUUAAUAUUGUUUGCGUUCACUAUGGUCACAGCUUCCAGAUGAGCUACACAGCAACAAAAGAUUCGUCUGAUUCUAAAGCUUUCCUUUUUUUUAUUUAUAUUUUAAUUAUUGCAGUGCUUUGGAGAUCCUGCUGCUUGUACUGAAUGUAGAGGUUUGGAUAUCUUGUUUGCUCCCUCCCAAUCCAUCUCUCACUUUAUUGUAUUUCACAUUUUUAAUUUGUUACCGGAAGUUUCAUUUGACCGGAAAAAUAAAACCAUUUGUUAUUUCUCCUACCA